CUCAUGCUCCGUGUUCUGUGUUCGCUGCCUUGAAAUCAAAAGGAAGAGGCGGUGGCGAUGCGGUGGUUUUUGGUUGCAGCGCUUCUCACUCUUCUCACCAGCUCUCAGGGAAUUUUGACAACACUGUCACAGAGUAAUGGAAAAUAUCAAUAUGAUUAUGCUACUGUUCCAUUUCUUGCAGAAGUUUUCAAGCUUUUGAUAUCCAGUUUCCUUCUAUGGAAAGAGUUCAAAGUAUCCUCUCCUCCAAGGAUGACCACUGAAUGGAAGAGUGUUUGGUCAUUUCCCAUACCUUCUAUCAUAUAUCUAGUUCACAACAAUAUUCAGUUUGCCACUUUGACUUACGUGGAUCCAUCAACAUAUCAGAUCAUGGGUAAUCUGAAAAUUGUCACAACUGGCCUCUUAUUCAGGUUUUUUCUUAAAAGGAGAUUGACAACUUUGCAAUGGUUGGCUAUUAUUCUGUUAGCCAUUGGAACCACUACAAGCCAGGUGAAAGGUUGUGGAGAGGCGUCUUGUGGUUCGCUAUUUUCAGCACCUAUACAGGGUUACAUGCUUGCACUAUUAUCUGCUUGGCUUUCUGCACUAGCUGGUGUUUACACAGAAUACCUGAUGAAGAAGAAUAAUGAUAGCUUGUACUGGCAGAAUGUGCAGCUGUACAUUUUUGGGUCCAUAUUCAACAUGGCACGUCUUCUGCUAGAUGAUGUCAGAGUUGGAUUUGAAAAUGGUCCCUGGUGGCGACGGCUCCUUAGUGGAUACACCAUCACGACAUGGCUGGUUGUGCUAAAUCUGGGCUCUUCUGGCUUAAUAGUUUCUUGGUUGUUGAAAUAUGCAGACAAUAUUGUGAAGGUAUACUCAACUUCCAUGGCGAUGCUGCUAACGAUGGUGUUAUCUGUAUUCCUCUUUAGUUUCAAGCCUACUAUGCAGCUAUUCUUAGGAAUCAUAAUUUGCAUGAUUUCUCUACACAUGUAUUUUGCUCCUGCUCACAUGCUUGUAGGCACGCUAGCAGCGGCAGCAGCAGGAGUAACAAGUCCAGCGUCAAACACCUCAAAGGAAAUUGCUGUUGAUGGGAAAGAGGAGCCGUGAUAAGAUUAUGGAUGAGCUGAAGCAAGCAUGCCGUCCACCUACAGAUCGAUUACUUCAAUGAUUUAAGGGACAGGCAUGAGAAAUAUUUGGGCUUCGAGUAUCAGAUGGUGAAUCAAAUGAUGGCAAGCAGCUGAUUGAGAAGAAGCAGCUCAGCAAUAGCUUGAUCUCCAGAUCCUACACAAAUACUAAUAAUUUCAGCCAUAUAUUGUUUGUUGCAGCAUAGUGAGUAUUCAUUAGUUUUAUUCCUAUACGUAAUCUUUUUUGGUAACUCAGAUACCAACAUGGAACACGUAUUGUUGGAUGAUGUCUACCCUAAUAAAUGAUACCAAA